UCUCUCUGCCUCUCUCCUCGUAGCAGCAGCAGCAGCUGGUGCAGCCGAAGAGGCGACUUUGUUACCGCGGAGCCACCGGAGGUGAAACGGCGGAGCCAAGUCCCUGGCAAAAAAGUGUGAAGAGUUUGGGGGAAAACGGCGGUGACCGGGGUUUGACGGCGGCGACUGUUUCACGAACCCGUCGGCGCGUUUGAACUUUGUGUUUCGGCUGAAUCAAAGAGGCUUCUUUCUCAAAGUUGAGCCUAAGAGGACUUAUCUCAUCCAGGAUGUCGGGCUGAGACAAAGGGGUCUGGGGGGCAUUCCCGUCGCCGGAGCGGUCAAACCUGAUUCUUGAACUUUCCCCUGGAUGGGAAAGAUGGAGAGGGAGCUGCUAUGGUGGAAAGGACAGCUAGCUUCAGAUAUCCAUCAGUCCCUCCGCAUCAAGGAGUUGAAGUUACCAGUCUAUCGGGCCCACUCACCGCAGAUUGGCAUGCGGCGGUACUUUGCCGACCUGCUGGCCAUCCUCAGUAACCGCUACCAGCUAUGUCCCACAGCACGUCACCUGGCCGUCUACCUGCUGGACUUGUUCAUGGACCACUACGAUGUGGCCGUCAAGCAGCUCUACGUGAUAGCCCUCUCGUGUCUUCUCCUAGCUAGUAAAUUUGAGGAGAAAGAGGACCGGGUUCCCAAACUGGAGCAGCUGAACUCUCUGGGUUUCAUGUGCAGCCUGAACCUGGUUCUCAACAAGAGGGAUCUGAUUAAGAUGGAGCUUCUGCUGCUGGAGACCUUUGGCUGGAAUCUGUGCAUGCCCACACCCGCUCACUUUAUUGACUACUACCUCCAUGCCUCGGUGCAGGAGGGCGACCUGUACAACGGCUGGCCCCUGUCCUCCCUCUCCAAGACCAAGGCUUUCAUGGACAAAUACACUCACUACUUCCUGGAAGUGUCAUUGCAAGAUCAUGCCUUUCUGAGUUUCCGACCGUCCCAGGUUGCAGCUGCAUGUGUCGCAGCAUCUCGCAUUUGCCUUCAGAUUUCCCCAAGCUGGACAACGGCUCUACAUCUGCUUACUGGCUACACAUGGGACCACCUCACCCAGUGCAUUGAACUUAUGCUGCUUGCCCACGACAGCGACGUUAAGGAGGCCAACAAAACCAAAUCCACUCCUCCUCACCGUCUGUCCUCCCUGCAGUCUCAGGUCCAGACCUCUCACCUCUCCCCAGUGUCGGCCAUUCAGAGACCGGCCUCCUCUUCCUCUUCCUCCUCCUCCACCUCAUCCACGCCACAGCUGCUCUUUCAGCCUGAUGGCUUCCCACACUUCUCCCAGCAUUCUCCGUCCCUGUCCCAGCUGCAAGCGUUAGCCGACUCCCAGGGUCUGGGGCCUGUGGUGAACAUGUCUCAGGACUUCCUUCAGAGCCACAGGAUGGGGCUGCUAACUGGGGCGCCCUCCAUCACUCCUGGCAGUGGGUUCCCCUCCUACCCAAGCCUCACCCCUGGUCUUCAGCCGGGUACACGUGCACUGCCGCUCCAGGGUCCGAUUUCUGUGCAAAUGACCCUGGCAGGAGAGCCACGGCACUGUCUGAGCAUGGCCUACAGCGGGGGCUACCUGGGCCCUCAUCAUACCUUCACAGCUGGCUGCUUUGACAGGUGACGCCAGGAGACGGAGAGGGAUCACAAACCCGUGCGGGAGUGCGCUGCCAUGCUUUCAUCCCAGCUCCCUGCCCUGAAACAUCCGCUCACAGACCUCCUCUCUCUCUCCGUCGGACCCACAGCACCCUCAGCCUGCCCCGCUCCCCAGUCACAGAGACGCCUCAAACGCAAGCAGAGGUCCAAAGGAAAGGCGGACCCGGUGGAAGUCAUCACGCUCACGUGACAAACGUUCCACUGAUUUUAAUACGGAGGCGUUGCAAAGAACAUGUUGUUGCCAUAUCGUGAACUGGUUUUUAUAAAUCUGUGUCAUCACUGUGAAUGAAACAGUGCACACACCUCAUUCAGUGCCAGUUCUCAGUUGUGUGAUAGCUGAGCCAGUUUUACGCCAGGUUCAUAGUAGACGCACGUGCAUCUCACGCAGCUGUGUUCACGCGGGGAGCACGUCUGCUGAUAAAACCUAACUUUUUAUUACUUUCUAAUACUCUUCAGUAUAAAGCCCCACAUCCGUUGCUCCUGCACAUACUGUAUUUUACAAAAAAAAAGGGAUUCAGGGAACUGAAAUGCUACCGUGCUUUUACUUUAAAACAGGUAAAAAAAAAAAGUAUGUGGCAGAUAUAGACACUGAAACAGUCUUGAAAGAUCAUUUUCAGUGUCUAAUUUGCUCCGAGACACAUGUGACUCGCUUGAGAAACGAUCUAUAUCCAAAAAGAGCUGUGUGACGCACCAGAGACACGCGGCUCACACAGACGGUGUAGAAUCUCUCGUCAGUUAACGUGUGCCUGAAUUUGCACACGCGGCUGUAGACGUGUGCAUAGAACACGACGUAGCUGUGGACGAGGAUAUCUCACUGUUUCAUGCAUUUAUUUUCUGAUCCAAAAAAUUUAACUUUUUUUUUUUUCUUAUUAAAAAUUGGCUGAUGUUGUUUAUUGAGCCACUAUUUGAGAGAGAUGGAGGAGGAAACGGAGGCUUGUUGCCGACUCGGUAAGAAACAAAAAGUGUCCUUGUCAGGGAACACUGAUCACUGCGUGUAGGCUCGGGGAGUCCCUCGCUCGGCUUGAACACACCUGCAGUUGCUUCAUUAGGUUUUUGUUCCUCCUCUCACCUUCACGUUCAUCUCUUCUCUCCCUCGUCCAAAGUCGAGCCUUGUGGCAGAGCCAUCACACGCGCGGGUGAACACGUGGUUCUCUUGAAGCCGCCGGCUCUGUUGUACUAAAGUUGAAAUAUCUCCCGACGUCCACGACACAAACGGACGUGAGUGGACCAGCGUUGGUGAAGGAGAUGUGGACGUCGGUUGUGUUAUUGUACAUAUUGAAUUGCUGCUGCCUUCUCGUGACUUAUUGGUUCUGUGUCUGUGUUAAUGACUCCAAUGUUUACAUGAACCACUAAGUAUCAGGGACUUGACCAAGAUUACUUGAAUAUGAUGCCAUUGAAACAUGCCAUAGCUUUUAUUUAUGAUGACUCUCUUUCUUUUAUUCAUUUUGUUUGAUAUAGUGUAGCUUUUUAUACCCACUUAGAAACACCGCAUUGAUUAAUAUUUUUUUUGUACCUCCUUAUAUAAACUGUAUAUUCCAGCUCAGGUUUUAAGGCCGCAUUUCGCAGCCUUCUCAUUAUUCUGUGCUAUUAUGCUUUAACGCGGAUGCUCGUUCGGCAUCUGUGGGGGUCCUUAAAUGUUUCCCCGUCCUCAUCACUGGACCAUACUCUGCUUUCAACUCUGACAUCACAACGCAGUGGAACAACCUUGUGGUCACUGGUUCCACACACACACACACACACACACACAAAAACAUCUGUAGCCAGUUGUCGUGUCUAAUGACUUGAAGGUUCCCAAAGCUGUAGUUCCCACUCUUCCACUUCCUGUUUAGAGAUAAGCACAUCCAGAUUCCCAGUGCGAGUGGUUGCCGUGGCGAUAUCUUAAAUGACCAUGGACGUUGUUGCCUGAAAUCUAACUGUGGUUGAGUUUGUAGUUGUUAUCUGUUGAUUUAUCCAACCAGCAGUCAAAAAGGUCAAAUCUUCAAAUUAUAAUUGAAGUGUCUCAUCAGUGCUUCAGCUGUAGACUGAAGUGAAAUGACUGCUCACUUUUGUUAAAGUUAAAAGAAGUCUCUAAUGUUACAGGCCACAUUUUGUACAUAAACAUUUAAACUGCCUUUUAAAAACCGAACACUGACAUUUCAAACAUUUUCCUGGCGCUGCGUCGUCCUCAGCUGCUGCGACGCUCGAGCAGUGAACCUUGAAUGCAUAAGUCAGAUGCGCGUCAUCUUAAAGUCGCCUGAAAGCUGCAACGACUCGGACUAAACCCGUCGCCAAACUUUACUGCACAAACUCACAUGUUUGUUUUCCCCACCGUUGGAUAGGACAUUUCCACCAUGAACUAAGAAACUAUGCCUUUAUUUUGCUAACAAUUAUGUACAGUUUUCUUUUGUGUGCGUGUUCUUUUUUUUUUAACAUUCCCUUUGUUUCCGUUGUAUUUUAGGACAAAUGCUAUUGGUUUGAACUAGUUCAGUUUUUUUUAUUUAGUUUUUUUUCUCUCAAGAGUUCAACUUGCUCUUUUCCUCAUCAUUCACGAGCAACUUCUCACUGAGGUGUCAAAGGUGCAAUAAGGUGUGUUUCUCCUGUCUGAACUGACCACAGCCAUCACUGUCUCGUGUUCACCACUGGUUUCAUCUGCUUUUCUAACUUAUUCUUUUUUGAUAAUUGUGUGAUGUGACUUGCUGCAGCUUGGUUUCCUCUGAACACAAUGAAUAUGUUGCAUAUUGCAGCCUCUUCCUUUUGAGUGAUCGAUAUUACUGAAUAGUUUUUUUCUUUUUUUUUUUUUUUUAAAGUUUGUAUUUUACUGUGCAUUUGUCCGUCCUGUGAAAGGCGACGUCACUCGAACCAAAAGAGAAAAAGAGCAACACACGCUUGUCUAAUGUGACAUUAAUGAAAUGACACCACAAACGCCCCCCCCCCCCAUCUUAUUUUAUUUUUUUUAAUUAUUAUUUUGUACCAAUCUGUAGUCUUGUUUUAUGUGACACUAAAUGAUAAUGGUGCCAUAGAAAAAAAUAAACCACACAUGAACUGA